AUGCCGCAAUGGCAAGAGAAGAAGAUCGACAUCCGCAAAUCUGAUCGUCAGAACGAAACAGCGAAUAUGGAGAAUGAUCUUAUGAACACUUCGACAUCCAUAGGACCAGGGUUCUUCGGAGACAUGGCGAAAAUUUCCGAACAUGCCUUCGAGCGAGCGGAUGCUCGACAUUGGGCGUCAAGGCGCAUUCGCUUCUUGGUUUAUGAUGACUCAGAUGUCAAACUCGACGAUUUUGACAGCGACGACGAAGAGGGAAAGGAGGAGUACGCUAUAAACAUGAGUCUUGGAAAUCACAAAGCCCAAGACCCAGAAGGAGGUGGCGAGGUUCCAAAUGCAAAGGGAGGCAGUGUCGCUGAACACUCAGAACAAGCCAACAAAUCCACACAAACUAAAUGCCGCGUUUGCGCAUCAUAUCCCGAGUUUCCGCACAGGUGGAAGCCUAGAAAGUUCCGUCUGGUCAAUCCGGUGGUUGAUCAUCCGGAAUGGUUCAGUGGGAACGGCGUCAGCUCGCGCGACAUAUGCAUACAUUAUGUAGCGGUGUCAUACUGCUGGCCUCCUCGUGGAGAGAACCCGACUCCGAGAACCUACACGGUCCGUGAUCUCGACGGACGCGUCCGCGCCAGUCGCGCUCUCGACGAUGUUCUAGAUCGUGCCGUGGACUUUGCCACUUCAUACGGCUUCCGCAUGAUAUGGAUCGAUCAAGAGUGUCUCCCUCAACCGACUGAAACCAGUUCCAAAGAAGACUGGGAGGAGCAAGAGCUCGGGAUACAGUCGAUGGACAUUGUGUAUAACAGAGCCGUCGUCACGGCGGGUCUACUCGACGUCGAGAUCACAUCGCAGGAGCAACUUACAGCCGUUGAGUCUUUGCUGUAUCCUGGCCGAACAGGGAAGCGAAGCGUAAUAGAUCGCCGCUUCUGCGAACAAAUCCUCGAUUUCCUUCAUCGAACCAGUCAAGACCGGUGGUACACCCGUGCGUGGGUUGUUCAAGAGUCGAUUUGUGCUGGGAAUGGACUGAUGCUGGCUUUCCGGCGCGGCCAAGGGAUUACUUUCCAAUCCAGCUUUCGGUUUGGGCGAGCGGAGGGAGAAGAUCUUCGUCCCUACCAUUCGCUCGACGAUAAUCGUGGAAGCUGGGAGUCAAAGCUCGUCUGCAUACACUUGCGUGGAUUCUGGCGUAUUCUCGACCAGAUGCGAUCUCUGCUUACACGCGACUUUGUUCAUAUGGGAAACUAUCUUGCCAGAUCUGGGCUCGGAUCAGAAGAAGUCUAUCCGGGAGCUCGAUCUGUGCUGGAAGUAGCAGACCGCCUCCAUCCAAGAACCGAGAAAGCAAACACAAUCAAUCAGAUCGUGCAGGCUCACACCGAGGGGUUCUACGGAAAGCGUCCUACGAUCAACGCUGCGGGAGCUCCGACACUGCUGAAGCAUCGCGAAUGUUACUUCAAUGCUGACAGACUUGCUAUCAAAGCGAACAUGUGCGAUUACGACUUCCGACUGGACACAAGGAAAGUCAACGCCAAUUGCCACUCACUGCGUCUAGCUAUAUUGGCAUUGGCGUUGAGUAAUGGCGACCUGUCCUUGCUAGUACCAGAGGCAUAUCUACCUGAGGGCCACGAAGACCAAGGAGAUAUCUACGCUGGAAGUGCAUCGAGCUCGAACUUGUUCCAGAACAUCUUCCUGGAGGCUCAUCGGAUUGAAUACUGUGAAGUUCGCGACUACAUCAAUAUACGACUCCAAACAAGCAGACAAGGCCGAUUCACUGCCGAAGGAAUGCUCCUCCAUUCGUAUCUCUGGUCCGUGGAACGCGACAUCGACUUUUCACCCAUCCAAGCAGAGUGGGCCGAUACAUGGGAAUCCUACAAAUGCUGGGUCAUACUGUUUGAGCGGCAGAAAGACGAGACAGUGGAACAAGCUCGUGCGCGUCAAGUAGCAUUCCUCCAGCGCUUCAACCAACCGAAUGUAGCCACGCAGGCUCGUCAGGAUUUCCGCCGUUGGGGCCACAUCCCAAAUGAAUCGUCUGUGUGGGGAAACCUCGAUCACGCUGGAAUACAAGUAAAACGAAAACUCGAUGCGAAGCGCGUCCAGCAAGUCCCCGAAAUGCGUGACACAAUCGCUCAGAUUGUCUUUAGCAUUCUCCGCUACAUCAGGUACACGCUGGCCGCACCCGAGGAAGAAGGAGAAUUAAUGAAGGGACUGGCCAACAGCAUAUGGCACUCCGUUCGAACGGAUCAAGUCCCAGACUCACAGCACCAACUCCCAGAUGAAGUCGACGACACGCUCUUCGCCCACCCGGAUGUUGCAAACCGCCCGUUUGCCACCUUACAGCUCGACGAGACGCUCGAAGCGAGCCUCGCGCAGUUAUGGUUCAUCGACCGCAUAAUGCAGCACGGCCGCCUCUGGUGCGGAACCUACACGCCACCCAAACAACCAGCCCGUCUUACCUCACCUCCAGACUCACACCUUAAGACCACGUUCGAAGAAGACCUCCAAGCACACAACGACCAACUAUCCGCCAUCCCAUCAUCCAUGCGGUCCGUUGUAAGCCGUCAACUUGCCCGCCAGUUCCUCACCGUAGCCAUCGAGAGCGAUCUUGCGAAGAAUGGCAAAAUGGGGGGUACGCGCCACACUAUGGUUACGUACCCGGAGAUUCUGCGGAGGGAUCUAUGGUCUGAUCGGAAAGAGAGGUUGCGGGAGAGGACGCUGUUGGCGGCUUUUGAUGUGGAUGGGCCGUGUCUGGUGGCUACGCCGUAUGAUCCAGAACGCGAGGUGUUGCCAAGGCCGAAGCUUAGGAGCACGAGUACGUGCUGGGUUGUUGAAGUCAAGGAAGAUGGCGGCGGUGCUGUAGGUAUGUGUGCUGGGGUGGAGGACGACGCUCCUGGUGUAAUGGGUUCUGACGCUGCGGACGGAACGGGAGCUGGAGGGAAGGGCAAGGAAAGAGCAGCGGAUGACUCAUCCGAAACUGAACCUGACAUGGAAACUGAUGAUGCAAAGGCCAGGAAACUUCUGGACAGACGGGAUCUGGACUUGCGUGUGCUGAGGAAAGUGAAAGGGCUGUGGUGGAUUAUGGAUCUACCUUCUCAAGUGUAUCUGUUUAGUUAG